UUGAAUAAUGAUGGAGAAUUUUUCAGCCUGACAAUUUACAAUAUAAUUCAUUUUAAAAAGUGACUUGGAGUCAUCAGACUAAAUUUUAUAAUGUGUACUUCCAAAUUAUGCAUAUAUUUUAUUUUAAUCAUACAGCUUUUAAUAUUUGACAUCGGUGGGUCGGGGGAUUUUUCGGCCUACCUUCCCUCUGAAACCUCAUCUGCGUUUACCUCUUACGCGGGAUACUCACAUGCGAUCUCCAUUAAUAGGAAUGAGACCUUCUUAGCAGAGAAGGCCACAACAGCGGAACACUCGGAUUUUCUAAGAGCACCACCCAAGGAGCCUCGAGGUGAUUCGGAGUUCAAUUACUUGAUCACUGGUGGUUAUACGACAGAUGACACAUCCCUCGUCAAGUGUGCAGUGUUUGUGACAUACAAAGAAUUUGGGGCUCAGUUUGGAGACAAUAUAAUCGGUGGAGGCGUUAUCAUCCACAAGCAAUUCGUCUUGACCGCUGCUCACGUUGUUAAGAUUGGUGGGGAGCUAAGACAACCUGAAGAUUUGAAAGUUGUGGGCGGCACACCGAAAAGACUUCUAAUGGACACCUACACCACAACUGUCAGGGUAAAACAAUUUUUUAUACACCCCGACUAUAGGGGAAGAAACCACGACUUGGCAUUACUUCUGUUGGAGAGUGAGCUGAUUUUGACUUACGGCGUUGCCGUUGCUCAAGUAACAAGGAAUCCGCCGCAUGAUGGUAUGGAGUGCACGGUCGUUGGCUGGGGAGCAGUCGUGGAAUAUGGUCCGAUUGCAGAUAAAUUUCUUAAUGGUGCAUUAAGACUCAAACAGAGUGCAUGCGCUAAUCUCCCCAGCUGGGAGUCUUCAGGGAUGCUCUGUGCCCACGACCCAAACUUUUUUGAAGUGGACGCCUGCCUAUAUGACUCUGGUUCCCCAUUAUUUUGUGGAGGCGAUACGGUGUAUGGAAUAGUGGCUUAUGGCUUGGCCUGCGGUAACCCCAGCCAUGGCGGGGCUUACAUGGAUCUCUACUAUCACCGCAACUUUCUUUCCGAAUCUAAAAUGGAUAGUUUAUUGUAUAGAUAUAUGGGUGAUUCUAGAGGACCAGGGCCAAUGCGCAUACUGGCAUGGCCUGUAUCCGACCUAUUUUCAAGCACACUUGCUGUCCUACUUUUUACAUAUAUCAUAUUAUUACACUAUAUUAUAUAAAUUUUUGGUUUUAAAUAUAAGACCAAGUUAUAUAUAACGUUAAAUAAAAUCAGUGAACUGAAAAUAUA